AUAAAGGCAGUCCUGUGCGUCAGUGCAGGGCGCAGACGCCGUUCACAACUGCUCCACCGCACUCAAUUUUGCGGCAAACUCCACACAACUACUUUUUGGGGGGUAGGAAUUUCAAUUUCAAGCUAAAGCCGGGAGCUGCCUCCACGCUCAGGAACAUUUGGACCAUUUGGAUUUAAACUUUGAAAGGACUUUUGGCAAGAGGUGUCGCCUCUUCAGUACCGUUCCGUCCCAGUGUCAUUUUCUUCUACGGUGCCACCCCUCGCCCCCACAUCUCCAGGACGCCCCGCACCACAUAGCGGCCACAGCGCCAUGGUAACUCUCAGCAAGGCCUACUCAGCCAUGAGCAGCAGCCACUUGGACUCUGCCGGCGUGCGGCUGCCUCAGCGCUACAAGACAUUCACGUCCAUGGCUCAGUACCAGAUGGUGCUGGCCACCCUGCGCAAGCUGCAGGAGAGCGGCUUCUACUGGGGCGCCAUCACGGGCAAGAACGCCAAUAGCCUGCUGGGCGCCGAGAAGGCCGGCACCUUCCUGGUGCGCGACAGCUCCGACAACCGCCACCUGUUCACCCUCAGCGUCAAAACAACGGCGGGCACCAAAAACCUGCGGGUCCAAUGCGACGCCGCUUCUUUCUACCUGCAGACGGACCCCAAGAACAUUCACGACGUGCCCCACUUCGACUGCAUCCUGAAGCUGGUGCACUACUACAUGCCUCAGAGCAGAGCCAACGGACGUAACGUGGACUAUAUUUACUCGGGCAGCGAGAAGCUGCCGCUGGAGUUGGUCAAACCGCUCGCCUGUUGCCCGUCCACCUUGCAGCACUUAUGCAGGAAAACCGUUAAUGGACAUUUGGACAUUUCCUCCACGAGGGACCAGCUUCCCCAUCCUCUAAGACAAUACAUGCAGGAUUACGAGUCUCCCAUUUAGAAGCGCAUUCCAAGUCUGAGGGGAGGACUGCGAGCCAGGAGUGAAGUUCCCGGCGAAGAUGACGCACAGUUUCCCUCAUUUAAUGAUGCUGCUAACAAAUGUGGUGUGAUGCCUCAAUGAACGCAUUUGCGUCCGUCCAGCAGCCCCGGGAGGGUCCUCCCACAGUGCAUUCUGGGAGUAGUUUUUACAAGAGCAGUCGCACCUUUUGUAAGGGCUGAACUUUGACUCGAUCCUCCAUUACGGCAGAUUUACAAGGUCAAUUAUUUUUUUGUUCGUUUUAAACUUUCGGCACUGACAGGAACGCCACUUGCUCGCCAAUGAAUGUAUUUAAACAAGACACAACAAUUGUCUUAAUUCACUGUCUUUUUUUGGGGGGUGGGUUGGACAACACCAUGUUUACAUUGAAGACAAAAUCUUUUAUAAAGAUGUACGAAAGAUGCUUAAAGGUUGACUGGUCGACAAAACGAUUUGCACUUAUUUAUAUGUGGACGAACAUUUCAGUAAUUUAUAAUAAAGAAUGUUAUUUUUCUACUG